AUGCGGCGUAAAGAAGUCUCCACUCAGUUAUCAAUGCUGGAAUCUAAAAUAGACAUGAUGGAGCAACAGGUCAGGCAGUCUAAUAUAGAAAUUGUCAAUCUCCCAGAACGUCAUGAUGAAAAUUUGAUAGCUGUACUUCAAAACAUUGGCUCAAUUAUUAAGUCCCCUAUUAAUCCUGCCGACAUAGUAUCAGUGCACAGAGUGCCGCAUAUGGAUAAAAAAAAUCCCCACCUGAAAAAUGUCAUCGUGAAAUACUACACCAAAAUGAUACGGGAUAACGUGAUUGCUGCUGCGCGGGUAGUAAAAUGUGUCAAAUCAGAUCAACUACUGGUAUAG